AUGAGGAAGUACCCGAAGGCAGGCGUCACUCUUUACCUGGGGUGCGUCCCUGGCUCAGAGCCACGGUCAGGAUCCCAGAGUAGCUGCCGGCCCGCCACCGAGAGGUGCCGGUUAUCAGCUAACCAUCAGGGCGGGUGGAGGCCGUGUCAUCUGAGCCCCCGCUGUGACUGUGUCCCUCCUUGCUCCGGGGCGCGGCCUGCGUGGGCCGAACUGGCCUGUGGAUGUUGGCGGGAGCAGCCUGGAGGCCGCUGGGUUCACCCAGGUGAGCGUCCCAUCCCACCGUGCUGUUUUUCAGCUCGCCCUUGCAUCGUGGGGGAGUGGAGCCCCUGGAGCGGCUGCGGGGACCAGUGCAAGCCGGCGGCCCGCGUGCGGAGGCGCCCGGUGCGGCAGGAGCCUCGGAACGGCGGCGCGCCCUGCCCGCCCCUGGAAGAGAGAGCCGGCUGCCUGGACUACUCGACGCCCCGGGGCCAGGACUGCGGGCACUCCUUCGUCCCUGCCUUCAUAACUACCUCUGCAUUCAACAAGGAGAGAACACGACAAUCCACAUCUCCACAGUGGUCUACAGACACAGAGGACAGCGGAUACUGUAUGGAGUUCAAGACUGAGUCAUUGACUCAUCACUGUGCUCUGGAAAACCGACCCCUGACUCGAUGGAUGCAGUAUCUCCGGGAGGGGUACACGGUGUGUGUGGACUGCCAACCCCCAGCUAUGAACUCUGUGAGCCUUCGCUGUUCUGGAGAUGGCCUGGACUCGGAUGGAAAUCAAACUCUCCACUGGCAAGCAAUUGGCAAUCCUCGAUGUCAAGGAACUUGGAAAAAAGUUCGGCGAGUAGAUCAGUGCUCUUGUCCAGCUGUUCACAGCUUUAUUUUUAUAUAGAUGGCGAUGUAAAUAUUUCAGAGUGUGUUUGUAAACAUGCCAAAUAUUUACCAAGUCAUGUUCAGUGCUACAUAAACCUUCAAAAACCGUUUGGCCCAAGUCCCUGAACACAUGUCACUGCCACACUCUGAAGAAGAGAAAGAAAAUUUACGGGCCAGUUCCGAAGAUAUGUAGUGCCUUUAUUUUCAUUUCUGCUACACCGAGGCUCCUGUGGUCCUUGGCCUUCUGCAGAGUCAGUCUCAUUCAAGAGGUGGCCCACACAACACAAAAUACAUGUCUCUUUGCACUAAAAUUACUACAACAUGGUCCAUGUAUUGGUGGGUUAAAUUGUCAUUUAAGGUAUCCAUGCUUUGAAUGUCGCAUUCUUUCUUUCUAUUCUGUAAUCUCUUAAAAUCUUCUCACUUUAAAAUAUGUUAUACAGGUGUAUAUGCACACGGUCACAUAUACAUUGCCCAUAUAUCAUUCCAUAAAUUGUGAAAGAAUAAUUUCAAGAAAAUAGUCACAAGUAAUUUUCAACAGGACAUGUCGUUUAAGAUUUAGGAAGCAUUUUGUAAUGGAAAACCAACAGCUAAGUUAAAAAUGCUUUUUUGAAGAAGAAAUUGUUUUUCGUUAAUUGACAAGACCAAUCACACGUCCAUUCUAGGUC